GGGUUGGCGGUGCCGUGUCAUGGAGGUUCAGUCUCUGAGCAGCCAUUGAAGGGGAAGCAACUGCGGCUCCGAGAGUGUGUAUGUGUGUGUGUGUGUAUGUGUGCGUGCGUGUGUGUGCGCGCGCGGGUGUGUGAACAAGGAGGUGGGGGCAGCUGAGUUAGAGUCCCAACUCCUUGGACUCCAUUUGCUAUUCUUUUCUUUCUCCUUCACACCUAACUGGUGAUAGUAGGCGUUUAUAUUUACAUUUCUUUUCAUUCAUUUCCAAAUCUUUAAAAUUUUUUUUAGGGUUGGGGGUAGUGGGAAGCGCAAUAAAGGGGAAGGGAGGAGAGUAGGGGCAGAAGAGCAGGAGGAGGACAUGGAGAUGAAGAAGAGGAUUAACCUGGAGUUAAGGAACCGAGCCCCGGAGGAGGUGACGGAGCUGGUCCUUGAUAAUUGCCUGUGUGUCAAUGGGGAAAUUGAAGGCCUGAAUGACACUUUUAAAGAACUGGAGUUUCUGAGUAUGGCUAAUGUGGAACUCAGUUCCUUGGCUCAGCUGCCCAGCUUAAAUAAACUUCGGAAGUUGGAACUCAGCGACAAUAUAAUUUCUGGAGGCCUGGAGGUGCUGGCGGAGAAAUGCCCAAAUCUGACUUACCUCAAUUUGAGUGGAAACAAAAUCAAAGAUCUAAGUACAGUUGAAGCUCUGCAAAAUCUUAAAAAUUUGAAAAGUCUAGACUUGUUUAACUGUGAGAUCACAAACCUGGAAGAUUACAGAGGAAGUAUUUUUGAACUGCUGCAGCAAAUCACAUACUUGGAUGGAUUUGAUCAGGAGGAUAACGAGGCCCCGGACUCUGAAGAGGACGAUGAUGAAGAUGGUGAUGAAGAUGAUGAUGAGGAAGAAGAUGAAGCUGGUCCCCCUGAAGGAUUUGAGGAAGAGGAGGAUGAAGAAGAGGAGGAUGAGGAUGAGGACGAAGAUGAAGCAGGCUCAGAAGUAGGAGAGGGAGAAGAAGAAGUGGGCCUCUCCUACUUAAUGAAAGAAGAGAUUCAGGAUGAAGAAGAUGAUGAUGACUAUGUUGAAGAAGGAGAAGAAGAGGAAGAUGAGGAAGAAGAAAGUCUUCGAGGGGAGAAGAGGAAACGAGAUGCUGAAGAUGAAGGCGAGGAAGAUGACUAGAUCGUUCUGAGACCAGAGGCCCUGCUGCUCCUGGUGUGCAGUGGAGUGAUCACCUCUUCCCUUGUUUCUCCGUGUAUAAUAGCUGUCCCUUCAGAAGAGAAUGUGUAACUUUUUAUAGAAGUUUGGUUUUACUACUUUUGCCUUAUCAUUCCAAAUAAGAGUUACUAGUCUGUUAAUGAUCAUACUGUACGUAGAGAAUCCUUGCCAUUGGUUUCCAUUGUGAGAAUUUCUAGAAUUUAUUUAGAAUUCAGUUUUCUAAUUCAGGCUCAAUGUGUUAGUCAUGUUUAGCUCAUAAUUAAAACAUGAUCGCUUUUA